GCGUAGUGUCUACCGAGGAGAUCUGGGCUGCAUCUUCAGAAGACGCAUUUUUAGUUCCUCCUCUAACUUUAAGGGGGCUUUUUAGCUUUUGGUUAGCUAUCCGUCUCUGGAAAACAUCUGAAUCAUUUUAUAACCAAAGCCAGCUGCUGCACAAGUCUAUGCGUGCGUGCGCGUGUGAGUGCGUGUAUGUGUGUAUUCGUUUGUAUGAGGAAGAGGAAGAGAGUGUUAGAGUAUCUGAUCGCGUUGCUCUCCAAAAAGGAAAGAAAGAAAGUGGGGGGGGGGACGCUUGGACUUCAAAUUUUUCGCGAAACCUUUUUUUUUUUUUUUUUUUUUUUUUAGGAAUGAACGCAGAGACGUGCGUUUCAUACUGCGAAAUGACAUCCAUGGAUUCAUAUUAUAGACCAUCUGCACCGCAAGGUAGGGAUCACCAGGAGAACCCCUUUAGGACAUUCCAGACGAGUGACACCAAAUACAGCCCCGCUUUCCUGACCAACAAAGGUCAGGCGUACGGGGAGAAAUCUGGGAGCCCGUUCCAGCAGGAAUGCCAAUCAUUGGAUGCCACUGCUGGGGAAGGCACCUUUAACAAAUACCACCUCUUCAUGCAGAGGUCCUCCUGCAAAACUCCCCCAGACAGCAGCAAGCUCCAGCAGGAAAGCGGACACAACGGAGGACUCAUCGCGUGUUAUGGUAAUGACAGCACAGGGCUGACAGAUUCUGAGUUGCCCCAAAACAGUGAUCCUGCAGGGAUGGAUGGGAGCUACCUCAGCGUAAAGGAGUCAGGAGUGAAAAGCCCUCAGCAGUCAAACUCAGAGUUGGCUUCUCCAUUGGACAAGGCUGAGGGAGAGAGCAACAAGGGCAAGAAAAGACGCAACCGUACCACCUUCACAAGCUAUCAGCUAGAGGAGCUGGAGAAAGUCUUUCAGAAAACACACUAUCCUGAUGUCUAUGCCCGGGAACAACUCGCACUGAGGACCGACCUGACGGAAGCUCGAGUACAGGUGUGGUUCCAAAAUCGCAGAGCCAAGUGGAGGAAGAGAGAGCGUUUCGGACAGAUGCAGCAGGUCCGGACGCAUUUUUCCACGGCCUACGAACUGCCCCUUCUCACUCGGCCUGAGAACUACGCUCAGAUUCAGAACCCUUCUUGGAUAGGCAGCAGCAGUGCGGCGUCUCCGGUGCCCGGUUGCGUUGUACCCUGUGACUCAGUCACUUCCUGCAUGCCACCUCAUCCACAUGCUGCUAGCGGAGUGUCUGACUUCUUGGGCGUGCCCAGUCCUGGAGGUCACAUGGGACAGACACACAUGGGCAGCUUGUUUGGGAGUCCAGGCAUGAGCACUGGCAUUAAUGGGUAUGAGCUAAACAUGGACCCCGAUCGGAAAUCCUCCAGCAUCGCAACACUGCGAAUGAAAGCUAAAGAACACAGUGCAGCCAUCUCUUGGGCUACAUGACUCCCCUGUGAUCAGGACAUUAUCUCUGAAGUCCCUCAACAAAUAAGAGGAGGAGGAGCAAAUGUGAACAUGAGUUAGCCACAAAAGCAUGACCUGGGAACAAGGAGUGCGUGGAUUGACAAAGAAAACAGUAAUAGGGAUACCAGGAGAUUUAUUUCGAUUUGAAGUCUAGAGAGACAAGAGAAAAUCAGACAUCAUAAAACUGAGAAUGUUCUGGCUUUAAAACAAGAAAGAAAUAAAAGAAAGAAGACAGAAACUUGACAUCUGAAUGCAUAAAAGAAUUAAAGAAAAAAAAAUGAACCUGCACUUAUCCGCCACUAGUGUCCCAUUUGUAAACAUACAUCAAUUUAUCUAAACGCAUAUGGCUUCGUUUUCAUCUCAGCAUAAUCAAAACCUGUUAAAUUCCUGUUCUGUCACAGGCUCCUUUUCUAAAUAUGCCAUCUCUGCCUAGACAGUUCCAAAGGACUGAAAAUAGAGUUUCUCACAGUAAAAACUUUCCCAUCGCAGCCUUUAUCCAAACAUAUAUGCGGUAGUAAUCGGGGUAGACUGGACUUGGUUUUUAUACUAACUCCCCAUAUAAAACCUGACAAAAUCCCUAACUGAUCACACCAACAUGGAUUAGUUUGUUCAUAUUAAUUCAGUUAUCAGCUAUUUAGGAUAAGUACUACACUUGCCACAGUCUAAAAAUGGCUCAAACUAGGGUGACCAAAUGUGCCAUUUUCCCAGGACAUGUUCUAACCAGGAUUUCUAUAUUGCCUAAAAUAUCCACGUUUUGGCUUUGUUUGCGCUGCGCAGACCAAUUGUUGUAUGACAAAGUACCGUGAGAGCUCUAGAGAGCAGAUGGCUUCUUGUGCUUUUGAAUAGCUCUCACGGUACUAUGAUGUCAUACACCGUUCGGUAUGCUCAGUGCUGCUUCAAGUUGAACACUAAUAUGUACACUUAUUUGCAUCGCUUUGACUGUUCUCUGUAGAGCCCACCUUUUCACGCACCACGAUUGGUCGAUUACGUACAAUGUC